UUGGCCCAAGCCAACAUCAAUCUGGUGAUUUCCAGGUCGCCCUCAAGUUUGAAACUUUUUUAUUUUUUUUAACGAGUAGGAGUAGGAAGAGGAGGAUUCGGGUUACAAGUUGUAACUGAUCUCACGGUGCAGCAGGAGGAGAAAACGUUCAAUAAUUCACACUUUGAUACUCGGAACAAGAAGGAGCUGCCAGGAGGGUGUUGCUUUUUUAUCCGAGUAAAAACAAGAAAACAUGAAGUGACUUUCGCUGCGCUGCCAUGAUGAAAACUUGAGAUUUCAAUCCGAUUUAGGUGUCUUCUUGUCGGUUUACCUUUCUCCCGAGUCCGGCUGAGACCUGAUCAUGGACUCCUUCAGCACCAAGAGCUUAGCGCUGCAGGCGCAGAAGAAGCUGAUGAGCAAGAUGUCCACCAAGAGCAUGGCCAACCUGUUCAUCGACGACACCAGCAGCGAGGUCCUGGACGAGCUGUACCGCGUCACCAAGGAGUUCACGCGCAACCGCAAAGAGUCCCAGAAGAUCAUCAAGAACCUGAUCAAGAUGGUGGUGAAGCUGGGAGUGCUGUACAGGAACAACCAGUUCAACGGGGAGGAGCUCAUCCUGGUGGAGAACUUCAGGAAGAAGGUCCACACGCUGGCCAUGACGGCGGUCAGUUUCCACCAGAUCGAGUUCACCUUUGACCGCCGCGUCAUGAGCGCCAUCCUGAAUGACUGCCGCGAGCUGCUGCACCAGGCCAUCAAACGCCACCUGACGGCCAAGAGCCACUCGCGGGUCAACCACGUGUUCAAUCACUUCGCCGACUGCGACUUCCUGGCCAAUCUGUACGGGCCGUCGGAGGUCUACCGCGUACACCUGCAGAGGAUCUGCAACGGGGUCAACAAGAUGCUGGACGAGGGGAACCUCUGACCUCCGAUUGGUUCCAUAUCGGGCACCUUUUACCUCCGAUAUGCAACUUUCGUUCUUUAUAAGGUGACAAUCGUUUUGCAUGUGUGUGCCUCUCAUCCGUAACACUGAACAUAUCUCGGCUAGUUAUUCCAAGAAAGAACUUGCUCUUAUCAGUAUACUCAGGGAUAGGAGCCUUGACAACUGUGCCUUUUUAUAAACACACUGAUCUCUCACUUAGAAGAACAGAAUCCAAGCACAGGCCUUCACUCACGAGGAGCUUCUAAUAGACCAAGAGGUGUUCUGGGGGGGACCCGGAGAGGGGGAGGUUGCUGACCUCCGUUUGGCUCCGCCUCGGGCACCUUUUACCUCCAAUAUGCAAGAUUUCCUUUUGUUUUUCUACGGUGACAAUCGUUUUGCAUGUGUGUUCCUUUCAUCUGUAACACUGAACAUAUCUCUGCUAGAUUUCCAAAGUUUCCUCUCCUCCAGGCGGACUUUUUGUCAUUUUUAACAGAUGUUUUUUUACAGAUUUGAGGCACAGGUCGAGCUUUUAAUGCACCAAGAUGUUUUAGAGGAACCAGGAGAAGAAAGCAAGUGAACCCCAGCUUUUUUAAAUACCCGAGGAUAUAAAGAAGUGAUGUUUCUGGUAUCUUUACAUCUAGAAGUAGUGUUUCUGACGUCCUCAUCGGGCACCUUUUACCUCCAAUACGCAAGAUUUUCCUUUUGUUUUUCUAACGUGACAAUCGUUUAGCAUGUGUGCCUUUCAUCCAUUACACUGAACAUUUCUAGGCUACUUAUUCCAAAGUUUAUUUGUCUCCAGAUGGACUUUUGGUGACAGUGUUUUCUUUAUUAUGAAUGUAAAACUUCCUGCUCUUAUCAGUAUACUCAGGGAUAGGAGCCUUGACAACUGUGCCUUUUUUAUAAACACACUCUUUAAGGGCUUGAUCUGUCGCUUAGAGGAACAGAAUCCAGGCUCAGGCCUUCAGUCACGAGGAGCUUCUAAUGGACCAAGAGGGUUCUUGAAGCACCAGGAGAAGAAAGCAAGUGAAUUCCUAUCUUUUCUAAAUACCCAAUGAUAUAAAGAAGUGAUGUUUGUGUUGCACUCAACCCCCAAUAAAGCGCUGUACUGUACUUUCCACAGAAUGAACCCAUGUGAAACAGUUUUAGUAAUCCUUUAGCGUUUCCUCUUUUAAUAGCCACCAGAACAAACAGUGAAGUAUUCAGGUCGAAGAGGAGCUGUAACACGGAGGAAUUUGAUUACGCUGUGUGUGUUUCUGGAUGUGCUACUCGUGCUCGGUGAAAACACACUCCCAACUUUGUGUUUAGAGAUGUCAGAAUCGCAGCAGGGGAGCGGCACCAUGUGUCAACACCUGCUAACGCUACCCUGGCGUUCUGUCAGAGAGGAAUAAGGAGCGAUCACAAUCAUAGGAGAGGUGCAGGGAUAUUAUUGAAGGCCGACCCAGAAGGUAGCAGCUCCCUGGUUCCCUCUAUGAUUUCUGAAGUAAGAAGCUAACGCUAGGCUACAAAGGAACCACAGCACCGUCACAUGACUCCAGAUACCACCGCUAAGCUAAAGGCGGCUAACGUUGGGCAUGAUGGUGUUUAGUCGUCUCAUUAAGACACUCGUUAGCAACCGCUGUUUUUAAAUCCACCAGCAGAGUAUUUAUAGUACCUAUUUUAGAAUUUCAGGGGUAAAAUAGUGACUUAUUUCUGGGGUUUUGGGACUCAUUCCUGCACCUCUCUAUUGAAUUUGAAGCCCAAGGUCAGUUUUAAUAGAUGAGUCGUCAUUGCCUCAGGUUUAUCCAGAAAACUAUGGUUUGAAUUCUGACAGAUUUGGUUUCCCAGCAGCGUCGGGGUGAAAGGACGGACUGCAGCCUGCAGCUCAGCGUCCGUGGGCCAGGCGGGUUUUUUUUUUGAUUAGAGCUCAGACAAACAGAACCUGAUUGUCCUCUAACGCUGCAAUUACAGCUCCCCACUCCGCGGCGGGAUAAUGGCCACUCUCCACCUCGCCUCGCAGCGUUAUGUGAUGUAGAUCUGUGUUUGUUUGCUCCCUGCAAGUCCACCUCUAUGACGGACUGAAAGGUGGUGUUCCUGUCUUUAUAAAGGAGCAUAUGAAUACUCCUGAAACCUCACAAAAUGGCCUUUUUUCUUCAGUUGUUUUUUUUGUAUCACUGAGCCUGUCUGGGAGAUUGUUUUGUUCUGCGGCCUCAUUUUGUAUUCUGUGUGUGUGUGUGUGUGUGUGUGUGAGAGAGAGUGUGUGUUUGUGUGCGUACCUGUGAGAGAAUUGGAAAUUGAGCCGUGUAAUAAGCGCUGUGCUUCUUUUCUAGAUAGGAAAACUUCCUCACUCCAUCCACAGCCUCUCCCUGCCAAAGAAACGAGUAUUGAAACUAAAAAGCAAACAGUAUGCACUUGAUAAUUUAUAGUAACGGUGAUCAUGGAGGCGCUGUGUUUUAUUUGUCCUUUUUAUACAACAUGAGCAUGAUGUCUUUCUCUGAAUCAUGGAGUCAAUCUUUGAUCCUUAAGUCCCUCCGGUUGAUUUAAUUGUCUUUAAAUGCCCUUUUUCUCCAAUCCCUGCGCCUCUCAGGGUUAGUUUAAAUCUCCCUCCAUGACACACUAAGUGGAAAUCAGCAGCAGCCCCUCUUAUAUUUUACAUAAGCCCUCAAACUAAGCAUACUUAUUGUCUUUUUCUAUCAUCAUGUGAAUGUGUAUUUUUGACUCGUGUACAUACGAUUGUGUCUCUAUAUUUUAUCCAAAUAUAAUACUUUUCUAAAACAAUA